UGAGAUGAUGGCAUAUCAGUUCUCCACCUCUGACAUCAUCACCACCCCUCAUGAGCCGUCCUCUGGCUCCUCUCACCAGUUCCCCCAGAAUUCUCCGCCUCCCCCUUUCCCUUCCGAUUCCCCUCCCAGUCCCCCUCCACCUUACCACUCCACCCAGGACCAGGACCAGACCCCUGACAGCACUCCUCAGGAGUUUGAGGAGGAGUUUGUGGAGGAGCAAAAUAAUGCUGCAGAUGUGCCCCAGUUGCGGCGUUACUUUGAAAACCAAGGGACAACCAACUUCUCUCUGAGGCUGGCCGGUAUCAGACGUGCUAUGGAGGCUCUGACAUCCUCAGACAGUACCUCCCUCAAUUACCUCACCCACGCUGGGAGGAUGGUGUUGAGUGGACUAUCCGAGCUCAACCAGCAGAUCGACCGCAUCAACUUCGCAGAUGUUUUUUAUGAAUUCGUUCUACUAGGCCUUCUAGAAGGAAAGACAUCUCUUCCUAUAUCUAAGCCUGGUAGCUUCCUUUAUCUGCUCCUGCAAGUCAUAAUGAGGAUUGACCCUCCUGGAGGAGCCUGGACAGAGGCUGCUGAGAAGUUCUACCUCCUCGUUAAGGGCCAGAUGAAGGCAUGGCUACAAUCCAUCUUCAACCUCAAUGAGUCAAUCUAUGAAAGCCCAGAGAGGCUCUGGGAGGUGAUGAGGAAUCUAGAAAUACAGGUUGAGUUCCUGCUGUCCAGCCUGGAUUAA